GAUUGGACUUUUAUAUUGCAUCAACACCGAGCCUUUAUGUGUGUCUAGUAGCAUUUCCGGUUCCGUUUCUCGGCCGGCUCCAAGUUGAUAAUGUUCUCUUUCACAUCAGAAUCAGACAUAAAUGUUCAAAAAAAGACAUAAUGCGAUCAUACAGCCGGGAUCUGAGUGGCGGAAUCGAAAAUGUUCCUGUUUUGAUUGAGAACAGUGUCCCUAAAGAGGCUUUUUCCGACUUUCAGUAUGUGCCAGAGAAUGUACAAGGACCAGGCUGUGACCUUGACCCUAGUGCGGUGACCCUCCCCGGCUGCUCAUGUCGUGCCCGUUCCUGCCUGCCCGACAGCUGCCCCUGCUUGAGAUUCGGCCAGACGUAUGACAGCGAGGGACGUCUGAACCAACAGCAAGAGGACGGCGGCUACAGCAGGCCUGUUUUCGAGUGCAAUGCCCUAUGUGCCUGCAGCGACUCCUGUCAGAAUCGUGUUGUUCAAAAGGGCGUCGAUGUGCGCCUGGGUGUUUUCAGGACCAAGAACAGGGGUUUGGGGGUGGAGGCUCUCGAGCGCCUCCCAUGUGGUCGAUUCGUAUGCGAGUACGCCGGGGAAAUAAUUGGGCCUCACGAGGCCCGUCGCCGCCAGCUCUCCCAGACUCCCCUAGAUAUGAACUACAUCAUCGCUGUCCAAGAGCACAGCGGAGGGGACAGGAUUACCCAGACAUUCGUGGACCCUGUCGCUGUAGGCAAUGUGGGGAGGUUCAUCAACCACUCCUGCCAGCCCAACCUGCUCAUGGUGCCAGUCCGAGUGCACUCACUGAUGCCCAGACUCGCUCUGUUUGCGAAUCGAGACAUAGAAAGGUAUGAAGAGCUGACGUUUGACUAUGCAGGUGGACAGAACAGCAACACAGACACACUGAAAUGGGAUAACGCGCCAAGCGGGACUGACACAGGGGCUGAUGGUGAUAAAACACCACAGAAAAAAGUAUGUCAUUGUGGGGCUUCAAACUGCUCAGGAUUUUUGCCAUUAGAUAUGUCAGUUCUCCAAUAAAAACAGUGUUUAAACUAAA